CUUUACAACCGAUUUAUUGUAAUUUAUCGAAACAGUCGAGCAAUACGUUUAUUCAUGUAGUAGUUACUGGUAAAGAACGUGGAAUGUGUGGAGAAGAGCUAAAAAAGAUUAAUUUUGAAAUACCUGAAUGUAACGUAUUCGUACACGACUUGGGUAUUCGAAAUCGUUCAUCAGACAAUGAAAAUUUUAUGUCGUCUAUAUUUACAGAAACAACUCACAUGGUAAAUCAACUUAGACCGAUUGUAUUGAUUUAUAUAAAAAAUUUAGAAGAUUUUGUGAUGCGUGGAAUUGACGCUGCUACAAUUGCGACAUCCAAAAUUAAUAAAGAAUUCACAAAGAUUGCAAUACCUAUUGAAUAUAUGAACAACAUAGUGUUCAUAGCAGAUUUGCCAAUUGAAGCUCUUAAACAAUGGAACACACCAAAAUUUCGUGUACAAGUAAUUACAUAUGAUCGCCCAGCUUCUUUAAAACGUCUCGUAGAAUCACUUAUGUCAUCUAUUUAUCUUGGUGACAACGUAUCUCUCACCAUAAAUAUUGAUGAGGGUGCUGACCAAAAAACCAUUGAAUAUUCUCAUGCUAUUGAAUGGCGUUUUGGCAAAAAGAAUAUUCUACGUCGCACAGUUCAAGGUGGUUUGGUUGCAAACAUUGUAGAAUCUUAUUAUCCGGCUGAUAAUAAUGAUUAUGCCUUCAUCUUUGAGGAUGAUAUUGAAGUUUCACCAUUUUUCUACAUAUGGGCUAAAUAUGCCAUCUUAAAAUAUAGAUAUGGUCCUGAUAAAAUUUUUAGCAAUAGAAUGUAUGGUGUCAGCCUUUACAAUUCAAAACACAUUGAAUUAACUUUGCCUAAGCAUACGAAAUUUAAUGCUGCUCUCGUUUUGGAUUCUGCAAAAUAUAAUAGACGAAGUCCAUAUCUUUGUCAAAUACCAUGUAGUUGGGGUGCUGUAUUAUUCCCUGAAAUAUGGCGUGAAUUUCAUCAUUAUAUAUCUACUCGAUUAAUGGACCCUAGUUUGCAAGACAUUAAUAUUCCUGAAAAAACUCGUAAGGGUUUUUUAUUACCACUUAUGAAGCAUGAUAUUAUAUCUGAGGGACUACCAAAUGGUGUUUUACCUGAUUAUAGAAAGUUACCAACGUUAGAUCUUUUCGGAACAGUUGUACCAUUUAAAACACUUGUGGAACGUGGACAUAAUCUACACAGAAAUAUUUCACUAUGCCCUCCUAGCAAUUCUGCAAUACUUACUUAUGAUCCUAAAGAUCUAUUAUGCAUAGAUGAAUCAAAGAUUAUUGAAGCCAAAAAGAGGAAAAAGUCAAAAAAAUCAAAGAAAUCAAAGAAAUCGAAAAAAUCUAGAAAAUCGAAAAAAUCAAAGAACCGACUAAAAAUAAUUAAACACACCAAAACUAUCAAUGAUGAACAGACUAAGAACAAAGCUAUCAAUGAUAAACAGACUAAGAACAAAGUUAUCAAUGAUGAACGGACUAAGAAUAAAUCUGUUGCUGCGCCGAUCAUAAAUAAGAUUAACUCCGACUCAAAAUCAGCUAAUCUUAAUUCUAAGUCGAAUCAACCUAAACGGUAA